GUUCGUACUUGACCGAUAUGUAUCGGGUCAAAUAAGUGGCAGGGUCAGCGUCUGCUUAAUCUCAAAUAUUUAGAUCAGUUAUCGCGCUGUGCUCUUUGGUGACGUCUCUAUCUUACUUCACACACACACGAGGUAGCAUAUCACAAAGAAACAUGUUUCGUCGCCGCUCACGAUCCCGUUCACGUUCCCGUUCCCGUUCCCGUUCCCGGUCUCGUUCUCGCUCCAGGUCUCGCUCCAGAUCACCAAAAGGCUUUCACCAUAGAGGACCCAACCCACCUGGACCCGUUGGGGGUCCUGGAGCUGGACGCCAUAAUCCACCUGGACCAGUAGGAGGCCCGGGAGUUGGACGCCAUAACCCCCCUGGACCAGUAGGAGGACCAGGAGCUGGACGGCAUAACCCCCCGGGACCGGUAGGAGGACCAGGAGCUGGACGGCAUAACCCCCCUGGACCAAGGGGAGGACCUGGCGCUAACCCACCGGGUCCCGUUGGAGGUCCCGGAAGAUUUUAAAACUUUUUCAAUAAGUGGUGCCUUAGAUAUGAACAAGUUAACGAUUAACACUGUUAUUGGGUGUAUCCGGCAUUCUUAGUACUAUAGUAUCAGCAAUGUGAUUCAGUUAUCUUGCUUUUCACUUUCAUUGUUAAUAAACAAAAGUAAAACAAAUCUCA